AUAAAAUAAUAGGAGUAUUAUAUGCAUGCACAACUCUUCGGCCUCUCAACUCCCACUAUAAAUAGAAACUUGGUGAAGCCAUGCAUUGCGAACCAUAAACUUCUUUUAUCUACUACACUCAAGCUUUUCGAAGAAGAAACAUUUAAGCUAACAUAACAAUAAUGGCUUCGGUGCAACAAGCUCAAGUGGAUAGCAAAUUCAAUGACAAGCAGAAAGCGGCAAUCGGAAAGGCUAUGCAGGAUGCCCAAAGUAUCCUAGCCAACAACGAAAAGGACGGGCAACAUCAGUUGGCUGUUGUAGGAGGUGUUAUGCAGAAUCUCCAGCGUAGGGUAAUAGUGCUUAAGAAAACCCAUGACGCUGAGGGACGAUUCUUAACUAACCCUCCUGGUUCAAUUGGUGGAGAAGGCCAUGGUGCAUUUGUGCACCAAGGUGCUACUUCUCAAGGACCACUUCCAGUGGUUGUAGGCUCCAAGUGCGCAAUCAUAUAUGGUACCAUUGAUAAGAUGGCUCCUGCUCUUGGAUAUCUCUUGGCUUGGAAUAGGCCCGAUGAUGCCAAUCAAGACAGCAAGGUGUAUGUGGAAGCUGGGAGUCAAUACAAUCUGGAGAAAAUGGAGUGGAGUGAAAUAGAAAAGAAACUUGAUGCAUCAACCAACAAAAGUCAGUUCAUUGACCACGAGACAGGUGCUACAGCCACUGCUGAAAUUAAGGACAAUGGCAACAAACGGGCUUUGGUUGCUGCUAGUUUCGAUCGCAUUACAAUUGGGAUCCCCAUCCCCAACUGAGUGCAGUAUAAGUAUAACACACCUAAGGGGCACUUAAUACUUUAAUUAUAUAACCUGCCUUUUCUAUUAUGCAACUGUUAUCAUGUUUACGUAUAUGCUUAUAUGUUUAAAUAAAGCCCCUUGGAUUUGUAAUAUUAAAUUGUGGAAUCUAAUACUAUCAUUAUUAUCUAUA